AUGUCUGAGCCAUUUACUGGCCGCCAUAGUGAUAGUGAAAUCUUUGACCAAGAUAACAAUCUUGAUAUGGGCUGCAAUGCUGUGAGAGGUUCAGGCCAUCGUGACAUUGAAACUUCUGGCACAGUCACUGACAAUACUGAGUUGUCCAAAUUUCCCCAGGCCAACCUUCCCCUGCACUCUUAUGUGACUAUCUUGUCAAACAACGCAAUCCAGACUUGUCAUAAUUCCAUGCAACAGCAACUUAACAAGUCAACUGUACCAAAUGGAGUUGUGUAUGAUGUGGGUGGACUCUCCACAUUGGAGUCAGAUGCCAAUCAUGUGACUAUGAUGUGGGUUAACUCCUGCUUGGGAACUCUCUUUGUUGUGGUAAACGGCAUGAUGGUCAUCCCAGAUGGGGUUGAUGAAAUGGUCAAUGGGGUGGAAUCAACACCUAUUGCUAGUAGUUGUACAGAAGAUGAGUGGUACCACAUCUUGCAAGCUGUUGUCACAGCUGCCAGUGUGGCUUCCUGA